UUCUCUAAAAAAAUAAUUUUUUCUUCCCCAAAUUUUUACUCAAAAACUCACAAAUUCAAUUAAUUUUUAAUUAUUAAAUACAAAUUGAAUGAUUCGCAAAUAUAUACAAAAACAUUUGUGCAUUAUCUCAUAUCCCCAACUUGUAAUAUUCACCCAAAUUACCUUCCGUCAUUAUUGGAAGAACAUGGAUUAUUCCACGCUACAUCCUCCUGCUAGCGUGCGUGGUAUGACCACACUCGAUCGUAAUGCAUUCCACAAAAUUAUCUCGAUUCCCAAAUUAAUAGUCACAGAUCGAAAUUCACAAAAAGUUAUUCCAUUGAUAAAGAAACUUUUACUUAAAAUGGAUCGUUUGAAACCAGUUAGACCAUUGAUAAAGGAGGAAGGUUUUAAAGAGAUUCUUCUUCAUCCUGGUCCUGUCACUGGUUGGGAAUCACUUCCCAAAGAACUCGAUCAAGUCGGAGUUGUUAAAACAGAUUUUGAAUUUGGUGACUUGGAAUUGUCCUAUGAAAAUUGGCGCGCAGAUGAAAUUUUGAAAUGUGUCCUUCCCGAAGACGAUGAAGGUUUAACUUCUUAUUCCCGUGUUGGACACAUUGUUCAUAUUAAUCUGCGUGACCAUUUGCAACCUUACAAGGCACUCAUUGGAGAUGUCUUGAAAGACAAAGUCCCUGGUUGCCGGACAGUUGUCAAUAAAGCUUCAACCAUUGACAAUGUUUAUCGUAACUUUCCCAUUGAAUUGAUUUGUGGGGAAGAAGAUUACCAAGUUGAAGUCAAAGAAAAUGGUGUAUCAUUUGAAUUUGAUUUCUCCAAAGUCUAUUGGAAUCCACGUUUGGCCACAGAACACGAGAGAAUCGUAAAAAUCUUACAACCAAAUGAUGUUCUUUAUGACGUUUUUGCAGGAGUUGGACCUUUUAGUGUUCCAGCUGCUAAGAAACGUUGUACUGUUCUUGCCAAUGAUUUGAAUCCUGAAAGUUACAAAUGGCUAGAACACAAUGCCAAAAAAAAUAAAUGCUCUGGAAGCAUUACAACGUUCAAUAAAGAUGGGAGGGAAUUCAUUCUAAAGGAAGUUCGAGAUGAUCUCAUUCGUCGGUUGAACGAAGAUUCUCCGAAUUACAAAAUCCACUUGACAAUGAAUCUGCCAGCUUUGGCUGUUGAAUUUCUUGAUGCUUAUCGAGGACUUAUCGACCCAAAAGAGGUUGAUUUUGAUAAAACUGACCUCAAUUACCCGCUUGUACAUGUCUACUCUUUCGCUAAAGGAGAGAAUACCCAAGAAAUUGUCCAAAAAUUAGUGGAAGACAAUCUUGGUUUGCCACUGAAAGAUAAUCUACAGUCAAUCAGCUUUGUUCGGAAUGUUGCACCAAACAAAGACAUGUACAGAGUUGCUUUCUACCUUACCAAGGAGAUUUUAACGACUUCGAAAAGCAAAGCUUCGAAACGGAGACCAUCGGAAGGAGAAGUCGUUGAAGGAGUUUCAAGUCCUAAAAUCCCAUGUUCAUAGAAUCCAUUGACUUAGUUUUUUUAAUAAAAAUGUUAAUUUUCACCAA